GACUGGGCGGAGGGGGCUGCCGGGUGCGGGGCUGGGACCCGCGGGGGAGGGAGGGGAAUGGGGGGCGGGCGCAGCGGACGGCGGUGCCCGCCGGACACGGACAGCUCCGUCGCUCCCUUCCUCGGCUCAUCCCCGCAUCCCCACUUCCCUCCUGCCCUGGCUCAGAGCAGCAUCCUCUGCAGACCCUCGCGGGCCUGCCGUCGGGUCUCGGUACCCUCUCAUCCCCUUUCCCCCAACCAUGACCGAAAUGAGCGAGAAGGAGAAUGAACCAGAUGACGCGGCCACCCACACACCCCCGGGGACCGUCUCUGCCCUCCAGGAAACCAAGCUCCAGAGGUUCAAGCGCUCACUUUCCCUCAAGACCAUCCUCCGAAGUAAGAGUGUGGAGAACUUCUUCCUUCGCUCAGGCUCUGAGCUCAAGUGCCCCACUGAGGUGCUGCUGACACCCCCAACCCCGCUGCCCCCUCCCUCCCCACCCCUGGCAUCCACAGAUAGAGGCCUGCCCACCCCAGCACCCUCCCCCUGCCCAGUCCCGCGCCCCUUGGCAUCACUCAAACCAGUGAGGCUGCACAGCUUCCAGGAACAUGUCUUCAAGAGAGCCAGUCCCUGUGAGCUUUGCCACCAGCUCAUUGUGGGAAACUCCAAGCAGGGCUUGCGGUGUAAGACGUGCAAAGUCAGCGUCCACCUCUGGUGCUCUGAGGAGAUCUCCCACCAGCAAUGUCCAGUCAAGACGUCCUCCUCCUUCCGCCGCAACUUCAGCUCCCCCCUCCUGGUGCAUGAGCCACCACCAGCCUGUGCCACAAGCAGAGACUCCCCACCCACUGGGGCCAGCGGGAAGGUGGACCCCAUCUACGAGACCCUUCGUUAUGGCACCUCCUUGGCACUGAUGAACCGCUCCAGCUUCAGCAGCACCUCUGAGUCCCCCACACGGAGCCUGAGCGAGCGGGAUGAGCUGACUGAGGAUGGGGAAAGCAGCAUCCGCAGUUCAGAGGAUGGCCCUGGAGACAGUGUAUUCACAGCCCUGGCCGAGAGUGAAGGGUCAGUACCAGAGAAGAGCCCUGGACAGCAGCCCCCUAAACCUCCCUUGCGGAAGGACGUGGGACCCAUGUAUUCCUAUGUUGCACUCUACAAGUUUCUGCCCCAGGAGAACAAUGACCUGGCUUUGCAGCCUGGAGAUCGCAUCAUGCUGGUGGAUGACUCCAACGAGGACUGGUGGAAGGGCAAGAUUGGUGACCGGGUUGGCUUCUUCCCAGCCAAUUUUGUGCAGCGGGUGAGGCCAGGUGAGAAUGUUUGGCGCUGCUGCCAACCCUUCUCCGGGAACAAGGAACAGGGCUACAUGAGCCUCAAGGAGAACCAGAUCUGUGUGGGCGUGGGCAGGAGCAAGGAUGCUGACGGCUUCAUCCGCGUCAGCAGCGGCAAGAAGCGGGGCCUGGUGCCAGCCGACGCCCUGACCGAGAUCUGAGAGGAGCCAAGAGAACCCAGAUGCCACCCCUGCACAUGCCUGGCCCUUGCUUCUCGCCCUGGGUCGGGGAGCAGGCAUCUGCCCACACUUUUUCUCCCUCUGCCUCUCUCCUAGGGGCCACUCACCGUGGCUUGGGAGCCUUCUGGUCUGAGGAAGGUGUUAUUUCUUGGGUCCUGAGGAGGUGCUCUGGGACUUGGGGGUGGAGGAGAAAGUGAGAGGGAAUGGGGAAGCUCAUUAGGUCUACCCUGUACCCAGGCACCCCCAGAGCAGUUGCUGUGCUGAGUCUAGCCCUGGGGGGCAUUCCUGGGGAACUUCUUUGCGGCUUCUUCCAGAGCCUCCCAGUGCCCACACCGGCUUUGCAUGACUGACACCUGCCUUUCCCCUCAGAGCCUCUGCUUGGGUCUGUGUGUGUGACCAUGCGGCUGUCCCUUUGGAAGUGGGGCCUUGGGAAGGUUCCUUCCCUGACCCUCAGCUAUCUGUCCUGGGUUGGGAGGAGACUCAGCUAUGGCACGGUCCCGAGUCCACCUCCUGGUCUCACUGCCUCUGUCACUCCAUUAAUUCUCAGGAAAGUUCUGCAGGAAUCUCUCCCAUUACUUGAAAUCUGGGCAGGCAGAGGAGGGGAGGGCUGAGGUCCGUGGAGUGUGGCAAAUCAGAGACUGUCCCUUCUAGUAGAACAGUCACCAUAGAGCAGCUUCACCCUACCCUUGUCCACUGGAAAAGGACAUCCAAGAACAACCGGAACACAGAAACCCAACUGAGAACAAAAAACUGACCCAUGCUUGGUCCAAACAGCCCCCAUUUCACUGUCAGGACUCUAAAAGCCCCCAGCAGCAGGACCAACCAGCUCCGGGAUCCUCAACAGGCUAGCCCCAGGAGCCCGGCCCUCAGACUGACCUCUAAAUGGCCCUUCCUCACCCCGCUCUCUGGGCGCUGCGGGCAACAGGAUUGCUGGGUUGCGGUUGCCGGGGUCCCUUUUCUGGCUGUAUGUGCAUCCUUGUCCUGGACAAAGCACCCUGGGAGGAAGAGGGAGUGAAAGAUGAGGAAGGUGGAUCAUUCUGUUUGGACACCAGGAAAGGAAGGGAGCAGGUGCCCUGGGGAUAGGGUGGGCACACGCAAAGAGGAGCCCUUCCUUGCAGGUUGUUUUAUUCUGGUGCCAACCUCCCUCUCCACCCCCAGCUCAGAGCCUCCUCUUGUGCCCUUGAUCGUGCCAGCUGAUGCCAACCCCCAUCCUGGGCACAGUCACGCCCUCCCAUGCAGUGCGAGGGACACAUCCUCCUACCCACUGGCCCCUGCCCCACUUCUCCCCUGCAAAGGGGGGUUCAAGCCACACUGCCCUGUUUGCUGCCAUGAGGCCCCCUCAGCAAUAUCCCAGGGGCGGGCCCUAUGCCCACUGUACAUGAGGCUGCAUGAUGGGUCUGCUGGGGCAUUGCUGAGCCCCCAGACUCCUAAUUAAAUGUUUCUUG